AAUGCUUGGCCUUCAGGGAACAAGGACUGCGGGAACACCAUCUACAAAGUCAUACAGUUGUGUGGCAUGUUCAGCCACUUUUCAAGGGUUGGCAUCUCUGCUUGUCCACCAAGCAUCUCACGCUGGUGAAAUUUCUAGGCAGCCAGGACCCUCAUCGCCCACUUGCACCCAGUGUGGACUCUCAUUUGCAAGCAAAGAGGUCUUGGAAAAGCACCCCUGCAGGACCUUGCCCACACCAUUACAUUCAACAUUGCCUGCUACUGCCACCGUUACACCACCCCUGCCUGCUCCAGAUGUGUAUAUUUGUGAAUGUGGGGAAGAAUACCAUGACUUCAGUGUCUUGCAAGAGCAUAAAAAGUCCCAUCAAACAGAGGCGAUAUCAGAGCCACCACUGGAUAGCAGUUCAGUGAAGCACAUUACUAAGAAAUUAAGCACACAGAUUGACAAUGAAACAUCCAACAAGAGUACCUCAAAUCAGUGUGUUGUAUCCCAGCCUUCAUCCUGUCACAACCUGCUUCCACAUACCAAGGAGCUGAAACCUUAUCAUAAGACAAGUUUACUCCCUGAACCUGACACAAAGGAUCAGCCACUUUCUGUAAGCAGCACUGCCUCGCUUGACCAAGGUCAUGAGAUUUCAGAGCCUGCAAAUCUUCCCUUAGCUGAGAGUGUUACAGAGGAGCAAGAUCUUGCCUCACAGAAAGAUUCUCUGUCUUGUCAAGCUAUAACCAGUUCAUCGUCUGAUAGUGAAAACUCAGCAAGUCAAUGUAAGGAGUCAAAGGUGCCUCAGAAGAAAGCAUUAUUGAAGAUGCUUGCAUCUGCCUAUAUGAAUAGUCAGCAGUUAGCACAAGAGAAUGUGGAACAAAGCAAGAGAAUUUUGCCCCCUAGAAAAGUUUCACCAAGGGCACCAAUACCAAUCACAACACCUGGAUCAACUGCAGUUUCCAGUAGUGAAAUGUUAAAACAUCAGUCAUCAAAAAAAUCUGACUCAAAUGUUGGCUCACCUCCAGGAAAUAUGUCUACGAAGAAAGGAAAUACUGUCUCUGUGACUCAGACUUUCUGCCCUGUGGUUGUACUUGAGACUCGUCAAAAACUCAUUGGCUAUGGCAAGUAUGAUACAGAGGGUAGACACCAGUGUGGUUUAUGUCGGAGACUUUUUAUGGACAUAGAUAGCCUGAUCAUGCAUCAUGCCUUGCACAGGAAAGAAAGAGUAAAAUGCUGUCGAAGCUGCCAUCAGCUAAUCAUCAGUAUAACAUCUGUCCCAGACAACCACAGAUGUUCCACUGAAGGAACUCUGCAGUAUUUUCCCUCUAUAGGAAAAAGGUUGACGGCGUUCUCAAAAUCACUACCACUCACCAGUCGGAAGACCAGUUUCUCAAAACAGAUGUUCAAAACCCCACAAACAACGCAAGCAAGAAAAUUGUUUAAUUGUCAGCUGUGCCAUCGCAGCUAUACACGUUUGCACAAUCUUAAAAAGCAUAAUUGCUGGUGGAGAUCCUCUCUUCUACACUCGGUCAAUCUAGCCCACAAAAAUACAGCGGAGCAAACCAAGCUGGAUCUGAGUAUAAAAGAAGAGAGCCAAAAUUCACCGGUGAAACAGUCGAUUCUCCAUAUAAAUGUGGGUGUCGGAACUGAAUCCCAUCGUCCAGUAAAGACAGAAAUAACCAGUGCAGAGUCUAAGUUGUUUGGUAAAAUUCAGACAGAAUUCUCAGCAGAUCACUUGGCCUUGAAAUCUUUGAUCCGGACUGGUUCGCCUAAGAGCUUUGCCCCGUUUCGUCCAAAACUUGUGAAAUCCACCUCAGUCCAACAAACCCCAGUUGUGUCUGUGGAAAAUCGUGAUGCUGCUGACUCAAUUCAACCUGUCCAGGUGCGGAAGUGUGUGCAGAAGAAUGAUUCAGAACCACGUGGUGAUGCACUGGAGGAAAGAGGUCAGUGGACCGUCCCUUUGGAUGAUUCUGAAAUUGAUGUACUAAUAGAGGCAGAUGGUGAAGCAGACCACGAGAAUCAAGAUAUGUUACGACAUUGUAAUGAGUUGGAAGAAAAAAAUCUAAAUAAAGGAAUGGUGCACGUCAAUGAUGACGGUAAGAGACGUUUUGUCUGCAAAGGAUGCCACAAAAGCUACUCUCGCCGUUUUAACUUGAGGAAACACCUCAGGAUUUGUGGGGCAGGGAGAGUACGGCAGCAUCAUUCUUCAGAGAUGUCGUCCUCCGGCGCAGCUCUGCAAAUGAAACAGUUUACUUGUUUCCAGUGUGGAAAAUCUUUUAACCACAGAGAUACUUUUAUGAAUCACAGGAUGAUGUGCCAGGUUGGGAAUAAUCCUAGUGUUCUGUUGGAUGAUGGUGGAUUGUUAGCAGCACAAACAAAAGCUUCCAAGGACAGUAUCUUUGUUCUGCCACCACCACCACCUGAAAAAGCCCCUAGAGAGCAUGGUAGUAGUAAUGUUAAUGAGGGAAACUGGGGAAUUAUGUCAUUGCCAUCUGUGCUCCCAAGAAAAGUGACUUGUGAGUGUGGUGCUACAUUCUCUUGUCCAAGGCUUCUCUUUGAACAUUUGCAAAUGCACACGCAGGAGUCAUAUAUCUGUCCCCAUUGUGGUGAUAACCUACAGUCUUGGGCUGAGUAUGAGACCCACCAACAAUCACACAUGCAGCCUCAGGUGCAAGCAAAUGAGCUGCUAGCCCCACAGCACCACCCAUCUCUUCUUUUCCAUCUACAGCAGUCUUCAUAUUUGCAGUCAUCAGAGCAGCAAAGACUUGUACCAUCCCCCAAGUUGGCAGCAAAACAGCAGAGGCCGCAACAAGAAGCGUUCCCUAGGUGUCAUCAGCAGACGAAUCGCCGUCCGUCUCCAGAACAGUGCGUUUGCCAUAGAUGCAAGAAGACAUUUAGGUUACGCAGUUCUUUGCUGAGACACCUGAGAUUGAGUUGCAGAGGAGAAAUGGCAGCACAAAAGAAAAUCUGUUGUUCCCGUUGUAGUAUGGUGUUUCCAAACUAUGUAACCCUCAAGGUUCAUAUGCUAAGCAGCACAUGUACACCCUCCUUCAAGCCCAUGCGCUGCCCAGUGUGCGUGAGGUGGUUUAGCAGCGUUGAUGGGCUAAAGAGACACUUGGUUAAACACAGUGAAACAAAGGAUGUCCUGGUAGAACCAUCUCAAAACAGCCAGUCUAAUGUCUUUAUGUGUCAUAUCUGCCAGCGAAGUUACCCUAAGAAACAGUCUUUGAAGGACCACCUAAGAAAAGUACACUUCAAAGUAAAGCACGUGACCCCAAAGCCUACUGUAAUGAGGGUUGAUCAACCUAAUCAGUCUAGUCAGUUUCAGUGCCAGAUUUGCAUACGUACCUACCCUACCCUUCAGUCAUUGAAAAGACAUAAGAGAAGGGUACAUCGCAUCUUUGCCAAUGGACUGAAGCCUUCAAAUGGAAUAACUCAACAAAGCGAAUCCAAUCAGUUUCACUGUCAGAUUUGUCAGCGCAGCUACCCAGAUAUACGCUCAUUGAAAAACCAUAGAAGGAGGGUUCAUCGCAUUUUAAGUGGAGGACAACUUGAGCCAGCAAAAGUAGAUGCCUAA